AUGAUGCCCCAGUCUCAUAUUCAAGAACAACAGCAACAGCGGCACCCUGAUAUCUACUAUCACGGUAAUCCUGGCGGUGUUGUUAUGCCUAAUGGGAUGGGCCCUGGAAACGGCAUCAACUCCAGCAUGGGCGUUGGUGCAGUAUCCUUACAACAGCAGCAGGACUUUGUAAACGCAGUGAUCAGUAUCUUGGAGGUACCCAAGGAUCCUACUGCAGUUGCAACAUGCUAUGCUAAUGAUAAGAACACCGCCAGCGAAGUGCAAGCAUAUGCAAAGAUUGCAGGCAAAGAUUGGACGUAUUAUUUGAAGGAUAUUGUAAUCACAAUCGGCAGAAACACAUCUCCCGGUGAUAACUCUGUCGAUAUAGAUUUGGGUCCAGCGAAAGUCGUGUCCAGGCAACAUGCCACCAUCAAGUUCAACUCAAACUCUGCGUUAUGGGAAUUGCAUGUCACAGGACGUAACGGCGCGAAAGUUAACUUCCACCGCGUAAAUUCUGGCCAAAAUUCAACACCGCAACCUUUGUCAUCUGGAUCUAUUCUUGAUAUUGGAGGGACACAGAUGAUGUUUAUCUUGCCUGACCAAGGCCCUUAUAUUGACCCGAACGCAGUAGCUCAUCUAACCCCAAAGCUAUUCAUGGCAUACUACAAUGUUACAACAAACCCUUUGCUAAGAAAUCUUUUUGAUUCGAAUCCAGAACUUGUACGCUCCUUGGAGCGGUCUGCGAAUAGCCACCAUGGCCCAAUUAGCGCACAUGGUUCGCAAACUCAACUACUACCUCAAUCGAGAAAAUCAUUGCAACAACAACACCAUAACCCACAUCAACAGCAGAUGGUGCAAUCUUCUAUGAGAGCGUUCAAGAUGUACGAUGACCCGGAUUCUGCCAUGCGCUCGGAUAUCCUUUCCCCAAUGGGUGGCCACAUGUUCGGAUCGCAUGAGGAUAACGACGGUCACGGUAUGCCUCAUAAUAACAGCUCCGGUCUCUCUAACGGUCAAUUAUACGGCACCGUUGCAAACACUGGUUUCAAUAUCGCUAGCACAGACGUAUCAACAGAUCUCUCAAGAGACGAGAAUAGAAACAUAAAACCUCCUCACAGUUACGCAACUAUGAUAACACAGGCUAUUCUAUCAACGGAAGAAGGUGAAUUGUCUUUGUCUGAUAUUUACAAACAUAUUGCAACAAACUACUCAUACUACAGAUAUACCAAGGCAGGCUGGCAGAACUCUAUUAGACACAAUCUUUCAUUAAAUAAGGCGUUCGAAAAAGUCCCAAGAAAACCGGGCGAACCUGGUAAGGGGAUGAAGUGGAGAAUUAGUGAGGAAACUCAACGGGACUUCCUAGAGAAAUGGCAAUCAGGAAAAAUGGGUAAGGUUAGACGCGGAUCUAGUGUCACUAGACAAUUGCAGGCCCAUAUGGCUCAUUUCAAUAGUUUACCGAUUCAAAGGGAGAACUUCAGUUUUAAUGACCAACGCCAGUCCAAUGGAAAAUCUCAAUCGAACCAUAAUUCGGAAUUCAAACAAAAGCCUAAAUUAGAAAACAACGGCAAAACUAUAUCUCGGAAAUCGCAGUCUCCAAAUUUACAAGGUUCGGAUUCUCAAUCAUCAAAUUCGUCAUAUACUCAGCAGGAUCAUGAGUCUUCUAGACUAUCACCAAGUCACCCCCAUCCUUCCGACCUCCCUUUACCAAAGAGACAACACUUAAAUCCACCCCAACAACACGGACUCAAGCAGAACCCGCAAUCAGAAAGCCAGAAACAAAACCAACAGCAAAAUAAUUUACAGCAGUCUCAACAGUUUAAUCCUCCAGCGCCAUCUUCUAACCAUACGAAAUCGCCAAAUAAUCAAGAAGUUCCGUCAAAUGUAUCUUCUUCAGGAUCUUUAUUACAUUCUCCUAACAAACACUUUCAAGUAAGUGCAGUUGAAGCAUACACACCUGAAAGAGGCUCCAAUUUACAAAAGUCUCCUCAGCCUUUGCUCAAUCUGCCAUCACUUCCUCAAAGUACUGAUAUGAGUCAUGCACAAUCUAGCUCCGAACAAGGCAUUCCACAUUUACCCCCCAAAUCUAGCCCCGGUGUCAUGAACCUUUUACAAUUCUCCUCUGUUAAUAAUACACCUUCUACCAAUGUGCAACGUACGCCAGUAUCAAAUGUCCAGGCUGCUGAGUCACUUGAUGGAAGAGACUCUAGGUCUAACAUGCUGGUUAUCAACGACGCUUACCAGGAAUCAAAUUCUACUAAUGGUACGGAAAAACAAGGUAUAUUAGAGACAAAGCGUCUACAGAAUGAAGAUGAUAACGUUGCAAAUGAUAACGAGAAUGAUAAUGAGAACGGGAAUGAAAAUGGGAUAAUGAGUAGCCCUAUCAAGGUGAAUGACCAAAGGAAUACGAAUCUCGUUGUUGAUGAUUCCAAUGACCACAAAGUAGUAGUUAAGAGCGAUUGA